AUGAUUGACAUUUCUCAUGAUCUUGAUCGUUUUUGGAUUAUUCAAUCCUAUAAAGAAGAAUGUUUGGCGUUAGGUUCUUCAUCGAAAGGGAAACUUCUACCCUAUUAUCAUCUUCUUCAUGAACAUUCGGAAUCUUUACAUCAUUUUUAUUCUUCAUCAUCAACAUUUACGUAUGAUAACUCAAUUAAAACUAUUACUGAAACAGAACCAAUUGCUAAAUGUAUUGAAGAAUUAUCUUUAAAACAACGUCAUGUAAAAAUUCGUCAAGUUGAUUGUCAUUCAACUGUUGGUUCAUCUGUUGUUGUUCAAGUUUGUGGAGAAGUAUCUUCUACCUCAAUUAAUAAUGUUCAAAGUCAACCAUUUAUGAAACGUUUUGUUCAAACAUUUGUUUUAACAUCAGCAAAUAAUUCCGAUCAAAAAUAUUAUGCACACAAUGAUAUUUUUCAGAAAGAUGAAUUAAAUACAUCAUUAACGACGAAAAUAGCACCACCAGUAACACCUGUUGUUGAGCAAACAUUAAAACUAAAAUCAUAUCUAGAUGCAAUUGGAAAAAAGAAAAAACUGCAGCAACUACUUCAACAGAAAAUCAACCAACAACAACAACAAACACAAUCAAAUAAAUCAAAUAAACAACAACAAAAAUCAGCAAAAGCCAGUGGAAAUAAUAAUGCUAAUCGAACAACACGUGGUCAUCCACAAGAUACGAAUAAUUAUUAUGAUGAUUCAUGGUAUUAUGGAAAUGGUGAAGAUGGUUAUCUUUCAAUUGGUUAUAGACAUGAUCAAGAAGUAUUUGCUGGAAAUCUUUCCACUCAAGUAGCAAAAAAAACGAAUCUUCUUCUUGUUCGUAUUGUUAAUACAGGAUCUCAGGUUGGUGCUGCUAAUUUUGCUUUUGUUGUUUGUCAAUCAAUUGAAAUGGCUAAAGCACUUGUUGCUGAUCAUGAAAAUCUUUUAAAGACACAAAAAAUCAAUGUUGAAGCAAAAAAACGUCGUCCUUUUCCACAUACAUUUCGUCCAACAUAUUCAACAGCUGCUUCACCAACAAGCUAUCAAUCAAUUGAUUGUCCUGCAUCAUUUUAUAAUCAAUCAGCAUAUUAUGAAGGUGUUUCAACUCGUGAUGUUCGAGUUGCUGGAUAA